AUAUCUUCAACGUUAUCUUGACCAUUCUUACAAACCAAAAUUAAACCGUAGCAAUAUAGAAUUGCCAAAAAAAUACCAUGAAACUAAACAUGGUAAUAGAAAUAAACAAUUGUUGCAACAAAGCCAACAGCAACAACGAUAUGGUAUAAAACAAUACCAUCAAAGGAUGGAACAAGUUUGUGAGGUAAAAUUAGGAAUUUCUCACAAACUUCAACAACAACAACAGAAAAUUAGACUUUUGUUGGCAGCUGUAUCGAUGGGACAGCAAAACAAUAAUAAAAGUAACAAAAGAGGUCGUGAUAUUUAA